GAACGUGCAAACUCCACACAGACAGCAUCCAAGGUCAGGAUCGAACCUGGGUCUCUGGCGCUGUGAGGUAGCGGCUCUGCCAGCUGCACCACAGUCCCACCCCAGGGAGAAGUCUGGACAAAUUGUUGCUGAAAAGAGUGGAGCUUACAAAUCAGCCAACGCAACAGUGUCUUCCUUUGAGAGAGUCUUUUUGCUGUAAAAACAUCUCAACUUUUUCUUUCUUGACUGUUGCGUUAGUAGAAGUAAAAUGUAUGUUAUUGAAAGUACAUUUUUCAAAGGGUCGUAAAAUAUUUUUCAUGGGUACCAAAAUAUUCAGCAUAGCUCUGAUUGUGUACAUUUGUAUUGUAGACAUUCACCCACUUGUCAUAAUCUGUUUAUGUUUCUGUACUUUGCAGCACCUUGUGCACCAGAGGGCAUCUACACCAGUCUGAACUGUGACACCAAGAGUACAUCAGUGGCCUGGGAGGAGAGUGAUGGGGCGAUGUGGUACAUUACAACAGCAGAAGGACAAGAUGGACACAUUUCACUGUGUAACACAACGGGGACAAGCUGUGAAUUCAUGGACCUGCACUGUAGUCAAACGUACUCACUAACUGUAACAGCGAUGGACAGUUACUGUCAGAGUAUAAGUGUCGUUAUUGAAACUGAUCCAGCUCCUUGUCCCCCUCAGAACGUACACGCUGAUAGUGUUGCCCUCACUGCCUCUGUAACGUGGGAGAUGAGUAAUCUCACAGUGUGGUACGCUGCAACAGCGGAGGGCAGCGAUGGACACACGGCCACUUGUACCACGUCCGAAACAAACUGUGUAAUCCCAGAUCUUCACUGCAGCCAAACGUACAGCAUUUCCGUCCUCGCAAUUGGUGAAACUUGCAGCAGUCUCCAAGGCUCCAGUUACGAAAUUCAUACAGCUUCAUGCGCUCCAGGAGAAAUCAUUACGAAUGUGGAUUGUACCUCUAAUAAAGUGGUAGCAUCUUGGGGAAGAACUGUUGGAGCGAUCUCGUACGAUGUAACAGCUGAAGGAAGUGAUGGGCACACACACUCAGACAACACCACAGACACGCGCUAUGAAAUGCUGGAUUUACACUGUGGACAAUCCUAUAACAUAACCGUAACAACUCUGAGAUACAGCAGGGACGGCAUUUCAAGUACUUCUGCCCAAAUACAAACUGCACCCUGCAUUCCUGAGAAUCUCACAGCUGAGCUGAAUUGUGAUAUGAAUACUGUAUCGUUCUGGUGGGAUGAAGCUGAUGGAGCAAAGUUAUACAUUGUUACUCUUCGAGACAGUCAAAGAGAAACAACUUCAUACAACACAAGUGAUACAAGGGCUCAAACCCAAGAGCUGCAGUGUGGUGAAUAUUAUACAAUCUCUGUUCUAGCAACAGAUGAUAUCUGCAGGAGACCCCAGCCAGCAGUGGUCAAUGUACAUGCAGGUAAAACUCCACCUCAUGCAAUAUCGUAACACAUAAACUCUUACAUUCUGCAGACAAUAUGUAAAAGUCUUUCCGCAGACUGAA